AUACAUUGAAUGAUAACUCAAAGUCUGCACAGGGUGGCGUAUGGAUCAAUAACAGCUGUCUAAUACACGCCGCUGUAUUAUACUAUAGCGUAGAAGUGUACUCUAACAAUCCUACGUAGGGAAGACGCAUGUGUAAACUUGAUUUGAUUAAAAUGACAAAACAAAUCUUUUGCGGUUAAUCAAAAUUUUUUUUUAAUAAUUGCCAAUAAAAAUGUAAAAUGUGAAUAUAUUAAAAAGUAAUUUUGAAAAUGAAUUCAGUCGAGGGAUCAGAGACAAGUUACAGCUUACCAACAGGAAGUUGUUUAAUGAUAGUUCGGAGCUUAGUGUCUCAAUUUAAUGAUUUAUUUAGCGAUUUUAACAGAUAUAUUUCACCAGCUUACCAUCAUGAUCGAUGUGAACGUUCUGUACAUAUGCGAUUGUACUCUAUGAAUAAGCGUGAAUUUAUCAUGAUAUUUGUUAUUUUGCUAACAGCUAUGGGGUUAGUUCUGUUUAUAGGACUGACAGGACCCUCAAUAACAUUAACUAGUAAAGUUAGUGGAAUAGAAGUUCUGAAACAUACUAAUGGAACUUUACCUCAGGGUCCAUACAUUAUGAAAACUCCUAGUUUAACAGUGUAUAACCAAAGGUUAUGGUUAAUAUCAGUAGUUUUGACUGACAAUAAAGAUGAUGAAAUAUAUGACAAAAGUUUCAAGAUAGGAAUGUCAAUCAAAGGUGUAACACCUCAGCAUGAAUAUAUUGAUGUUGUAAAAACAUUAAGUCAAACAAGCAGAAAAAGGCAUUUACUAUGUGAGAGACAAACAUGUAGUCAGGUAUUAAUUGCUCACAUUGGCUACAUACAUUACACACAUUAUAUAUUUAAUGUAUCAUUUUAUGAUCUCGAAACAUUUCAUAAAAAAUAUCAGACAAAAGAAGUUUUAUUCUAUUAUAAAUCAUACAACCCAGGAUAUACACAAAUGGAAAUAUGGUUCAGACUGAUCUAUUUAUUAAGUACCUUUGGAGUAUUAUGUUAUUUUGCUAAUUCAUUAAGAAAAUUUCCGGUGGUUGAUUGGUCUUAUGAGCAGAAAUGGACUAUAAUCUUGUUACCACUUUUAAUUUUUUUUAAUAAUCCAUUUUUUCCAUUAACCCUUUUAACUGGAAAUGAAUUUAUUGGACUUUGUGAUGGAAUUUUCCAAGUAACUUUUAUUUGCGCAAUAUUAUUUUUCUGGCUUUGCAUUUAUCAUGGUCUUCGUCAAAAUGAAAGAAGGCUAAUAACUUUUUAUCUUCCAAAGGCAAUUCUAGUAAGUCCCUUUUGGUUUUGUGGUAUAAUGAUUGCAAAAUAUCGUCAUAUAAAUGAAUUUGAUGAUCCAGCAUUUAGUUAUGAAAUUGAUACUAUAGCAUUCUCAAAUAUAAAGUUAUGUGUUAAUAUAUUUACAUUUGUCUAUGGAUUAUAUUUGGUGUGUUUGAUUUUGAGAGCAUACAGUGAUUUACGUUCCAUGCCUUAUUUUGAUGCAAGACUGAAGUUUGUAAGUAUUUCAAUGGCUAUUUCACUACUGAUUUGCUUUAUCAUAACAUAUAUGCGAUAUGGAUUUGGUUUGAUUGAAGAUACAUUUGCUGCUGACUUGAAUACAGAAUACAUGUCGUCAGCAUUGUUUAUGACAUUUUAUGGUAUUUUUAAUUUUUAUGUAUAUUCAUUAGCAGCUGUUUAUUCGCCGACUAAAAGGCCUGGUUAUGAAUCCUCUAUAACAAAAGAUAAUCCAGCAUUUUCAAUGGUUAACGACUCUGAAGAAGAUGGCCCAUAUGGAUCAGAUGAUGAAUGUCAUAAACCUUUAAAUCCUCCAAAUGAUGAUAGUGAUUAAAAUGUCUGCUCUCCAAGUUAACGAA